AUGAGAGUAUUAACACGGUUGUCUUUAACAUAUACUAAUAAAGCAGAAAGAGAAGAUGCAAAACAAUUGAAAAACAAAAUAGAUAAACUCGAAUUUGUUAUAUUUAUCGUUAUGUGGGAGAGAGUUUUGCGAGCAAUCAACAGCGCUUCAAAAGAGUUGCAGUCGCAAAAGAUUAAUCUGUCCGUCGCAUCAAGGCUUUUAAACUGUGCAUUGUCGGAACACGUGAUCUUAAGAAGUUUUUGGAACUCAGUUCUUUUAACUGCGACAGCAUUAGCCCAGUUCUGGAGUUCAUCUGUAACGUUUGAGAACAAGAGGAAUCGCAAAACAAAACGGUUUUUUGAUGAGCUUUCUACUGAUCGAAGAUUAACUGAUCCUGAAGAAGCUUUCAAAGUCAACGUAUUUUACCAAACGGUUGACAAUGCCAUUAUGCAACUCAAACAACGGUUUGAAGGUCAGAAAAUGGUCACCAGUCUAUUCAGUUGCCUUCAUCCACAAAACAUGUCUCAGUUAAAGUCACCUCAGCUUGAAACUGUUGCAGAAGCAAUUGUAGAAGAAUAUCCAACUGAUUUUACAGAAGAACUUGUGUCUGAAUUUCGAUAUUUUGUCAACGAAUUCAGAAAGGAAAUCGCAGAGCGACAAUCUGUUACGGAUGUAAUUCGUUUAAUGCUUGAAAGCCGU